AUAGUGAAUAGUGAGUUCACUGAGUUGGCAGCAAUAAAAAUCUAGGAGCUCCUUAACAUUAAAGUAAUUGUUGGGGCAUACAUAUACCUAACUUCCUAAGAAUUGAAUGGUUGCUCCACGUACCCGGUACCGGUUUUACAUAGUUUUUGAAAUGUAUAAAAUUUAGGUGCUUGUUUGCUUUUGUGAGCGUAUAUGGCCGUUUUCUCAUGCAACUCUCGACCCUAAACUGGCGUAAUGACUACCGUAAUCAUUGUCGAGUUGACACGAGCAUUUCAUGGUAACCCGUCUUAAUUUCUUGCCAAUUUGAGUGCCUAGUAAUUGACAAUUUUCUUGUCUUGUCUGAAUGGUAAUGUGGUCAGACAGUUUUUUAUCUGUAUUGAUUAUCGUUCUGAUGAAAUAUGUACCAACAUACAAAAUUUUUGGUUCAUUUGAUGAAUCGAGAAGGCGCCAGUGUGCCAGCUCGAUUUGGAAACUGCCUCCUAGAUCAGCUGACUGAGUUGAGUGACCGUAAAUGCGAGGAACUAACUUCAAAUAUAUCACAAUCACUCGGAGAAAAUUUCUUCAACGAUCCUUCUACGAACUCUAAAAAAGAAAUAAACGUGCUGGGAGUUGAAAAGAAGGGCCUCUAUCAAGAUGUUAACAAUAUUGUGCCCCAAACAUUGCUUGACCCUCACGCAUGUAGUAUAAAAUUGAGCUGGGAGACAAACUUUAUAACAUUGAUGAAUAUUGCUCACAAAUCUGUCAAGAUCCAAAAUGAGGCAACUUACACUUUGAGGCACUCUGAAUUCUGUCCUGCAAGACUGCAGCAUCAGCAGGAUAGGCAGCACCCUGAGCAUGAUAAUGGAUUGGAGACUGAAGAUUUAACAGACAGAGGAAAUACCAGUCACACUUCAAGUAACAAUGAUAAAAUUUCCCAGGGCAUUGCUGUUGGUGUGAGUGUUUUGGUACAGUCUAAAGAUGGCAAGGUGCUGCUCACAAGACGUGCUAAACACAUGAGGACAUUUCCAGGAGCUUGGGUGCCACCUGGAGGCCAUGUUGAGGUGGGUGAGAGCAUGGAAGCAGCGGGAUCCAGAGAGCUGUUGGAAGAAACUGGAGUGGCUCUAAGCCCUGGAAACCCUGUUGAAGUUUUGGGGAUGUGGGAGUCAGUUUACCCUCCAGUUCUUGGCUUAGGCCACCCUGUCCGUCAACAUCUUGUGGUCUACCUGUUGGCAUUGCUGCCCUUACCUGCUGACUCCAUUCAGGUCCAGUUACAAGCUAAGGAGGUGGAUGCCGGAGUCUGGCUGAACUGUGAACAAGUUUCCUUGAUGUUGCAUAGAGGAGAAAAAGAAACGAUGCCUUCAACUACUGCACAAACUCUGCCUGCUAUCGUUGUCAACAAGGCGGGAGAAAGCGUCCCGGGUGAAGUAAAUACGCUCAGGUUUCGCCAGCCAGUGGCUAAUGAAACUGAAGGCCCCCGGAUCACCUCUGGAACACGGUACGCACUUGUGUUGUGGUUGGACCGCUGUCGAAAAAAUCAGCAUAAGGCCGACCAGCCUUCAUUCUCGGCUAAUCUUUGAAAAGAUAUCACGAGUCUGCACUCUUAAUUUCUAUUUCAAGGGAAGAAAUAAAAGACGGGUGUUCAAACUA